AUGGAGUUUGUUGGACGCGAGGCCGCCGGCGUGGUGUCUGUCGCGUGCAGUUCGUCCUCGCACACGUCCUUUGCGACGCUCUCCGCGCACGGCACUCUCACCCUGUGGGAUCUGCGGCUGCGGCGCCGGAACUAUCUGUCCGUCGACAACCCCAAUGCAGCAGCCAGGACCGAGGCGUCGGAGUUGUGUUACUUUCAAGACCGCCACGCGGCCGUGGCGCUGUGCGGCAACGCGGUCCAGCUCUUCGACACACGCAAGUCGGUUUCUGUGGUCGCCGAGUACGUGCACCCGAAGGAGUGCGUGGCUUUUCUCAAGACGCCGCCGCCGUCGGACGCGGCGACGACACUCCUUGUGGACGAGGACGGUGGCAUGUUCCCUUUCAAUCUUGCUGAUGGUACGAGGACGGAUGUCAUGGAGGCGUACGUGCUGGGGAGACCGUGCGCGCUGCCCACAGGUGAGGACGUGUUGGGACACCUGAGUAACUACUGCAGUGGCCUCCACUGCAUUGAUGUUAGCAGUGGUGGUGGCGGGAGCACCGAAGUUUCUUCUCGCGUGCUCCUCGCGGUCGGCAUGGAUGGCAGCGGAGCACUCUACGCCGGCACGGAGGACAAGGACCACAUCCCCAACAAUACUACUCGCACAAUCGAGCGCGUUCCGUUCUCUGUUAUGGAGGCGCCGCAGAAGCACCAGACGGCGCAGGUGGUGAACCCGCCGCUGGUAAAUUGUACGGCGGUGUGUCGCUCUGCAUUGGCAGUGGGGAGGGCGGACAGCACCUACACCGUCUACCACGUGCGGCGCGACGGACCAGAGGCGUUGUUCGAGGCACCCGGGCACGCGGUGAACGGGCUGUGCUACGUGGACUGGCUCUCUCCCGAUGUGUUGAUCACCACCUCCCUCUGCGGCGAGGUGACCGGCUGGAACGUUGGCGGCUUCCUCGCUGCGGAGGACGAAGAGGAGGAGGAGGGAGACUUACCAGAGGUGGUGACCGCCUUUUCUCACCGUGAGGUGCCUGGCUGCCAAUUGGCCACCGUGAACUGUGGCGAUCGCCUGGGUGAGCACAGUUACGUGUUUGGCGAUCACAUGGGAGGCGUCACGCUUGCGCGAGUAGAGCUCUAA